AUCAAAUCAUGACUAAACGUAAGAAGAUAUAAAUGACUUGCCUAUCUCUCUUGACAGCAAGGGUGGGGAUCCUUUUAAGCAACCGAAUAAAGUGUACCGCUUGCAGAGAAAAUGGUGGCCACUGUGCACGCCUUGCUCACCUCAAGACAACAUGUUCAACCUGAUGAGCAACUGCUGCACCUGGUUCUCCAAAAUCCAGGAGCCAAUAAGGCGAGUGACUGUUCUUGUGGUGGGUCUUGACAAAGCAGGAAAGACGUCCUCCAUCCGGGGCAUGUUAAGAGUCCCCCACGCCGUGGAAGGAGGCCCCACCCAAGGCUGCGUGAGGAGUGAGCUGAGGGUGGAGAACUACCUGGUCACCCUGCUGGAUGUGGGGGGCUCAAUAGAGUCACAAGGGGCCUGGAGGGAGUAUUACGGGGAAGCACACGGCAUCAUCUUCGUGGUGGACUCCAGCGACCGGCCAAGGAUAAAGGAAGUCAAGGAGGUCCUGGCUGACCUGCUCAAGGAGCCCAGAGUAGCAGGAAAACCCAUCCUGGUCUUGGCAAACAAACAAGACAAAAUGAAUGCCCUGCUGGGAAGUGAGCUGAUCGAGAUGCUCUCCUUGGAGAAGCUAGUCAACCAGAGCCGCUCCGUGUGCCAUAUCGAGCCUUGUUCAGCCUUAAUGGACCUACGGCGCUGGUCAGACAGGAAGGCGUUACGAGGCCUUCGCUGGCUGCUGCGAGCAGUCUGUCUGGAUUACCCGGGGCUGUGCACCCGCGUGGCCCAGGACAGCAAGAGGCCUCUCGAGCCCAGAGAGACGAAUGGCAAGGCAGUGAAGGCGAGAAGAGGAAACAAGAGCGAACGCACGAGAACCAGCAAGUCAGACCUCCGCCAGGUUCACAGGUCAAAAAACAAGGAAACGAAAAUGACGAAUGUGGAAGGAAAGUUGCAGCCCAUCCAGAACAUCAUGCAAAAGGAGGAGACACUACAAAAGAAACUGAAGGAAUCCACCAGGAGGAGAAAAAGGCCGAUCAAGGCCAAUAAAGACAAACAAAAUGAAGAAGUGGUAAGCGAGAAGGAGGAAGAUGAGACAAGUAAAGGGGAGACUGAGAACGCCGGCCAUCAAGAGAAACCCAGUGGCACACUCAUCCCCACCAGUAAGGGAAGACACAAACAGAAGGGCAAAGUGAAAGAGGAGACACCGAAUGCGCCUGAAUCAACAGUCAAUGACGAGAAGCCCCUCAGAGCCAACGGGCAAAAGAGGAAAACAAAGAAAGGUGUGAAAGUUAAAAGGAGGAACAAAAUCAACAUCGAAGGAACAUCUGGAGCUUCCGCUCAACCUGUUGACCUCUCUGCCGCCACAUUUGAUCUUUACCGAAAAGCCAUAUUGGCUCUUAAGGAGCGUCAAGAUCAGGGAAAAUGAGCAAAAAAACUCCCUCCUUGUAUGGCAUCACUUCAUCCCUCUACUCACCAAAAUAGGCAGAAUAUAAUUUAAUGCACAAAUGUCAAUUUCUCACUGGAUCCGUGAGUCUUUCAAAACGGAGAUUCCAGCAGGUAGUGGAGGUCUACUGUUUUAUUAAAAAUAAAAAUCCAAACUGUAUGUAUGGCCAAAUGUAUUUAUAAUGUUCCGUUUUCGAAUAAAAUGACAACAAAAUGACCCAAAAAAAUUCUUGUCCUCCGUCCCAAAAAUGGGCGUCCGUCCGUGGACGGAAUGCCCAUCUCUGGUUUGAGACACAUCUGUUUGUCAGCACCUCGCUUGCUGAGAUCCAGUGUGAGUGUGACAUGACAUGAGGUCUUGUGGAAAAUGUUGCAAAAAAAU